AUGAUGAUCAUUUAACUUUAGUUUAGAUUCAAAGAUUAACAGGUAAGUUUCCUUUAGGAUUUUCUUUAAAUUGAACUUAGAUCUAAAAGGUUUUUAAUAAUUAAGGAACUCUCUUAAGAAUUCCACAUUUUAAAUGUUGGUUAUUAAAUAAUGCUUUAGUAGAAAAAUAUAAAUAUAAUUCAAAAGAUGAAUUAAGUAAUUAAGUAAUAAAAUAAAUAAAUAUAAUUAGCUUUAUUUUUAUAACUUAUGCUUAAUUCAUAUAAAGAAAAGAGAAAUACAGCAUCCUAAUAUUUAAAGCAUUAUUGGUAAAAAAAAAAUAGUGAGGGAAUUAAAACGAACGAAGAUCAGUUUCAAGAAUAUAAAGCUAAAAGAGGAUUAGUUGAAUUUAAAAAAAGUUAUUAAAAAAUUAAAUUAUUUUAGGAAGUUGAAUGUAUAAUAUACUGA